GACAAAUAUUUCGCUUUUCGAUUGAAAACACUACGGGACAUAGCCAGUAGCCGGCGACUCGGCCAAGAACAAAUAUAAAAGAAAAUACCGAGGAAAAAAUAAACUAGAAAGCGAAAACAAGAAGGAGCCUCAGAGCAGGUGAAUUCAAGCUAUGGCGUCAGCCUCCGAUAGAUCUCACCGCAUCCCGUUCCUUGAUUUACCCUUCUCAAGCGUAUAAUAUUUUGUCGAUUCUAAAUCUGUUCUUGUAGCAAAGCGAGGGUUUGAAAUGAACAGAUAUUGACGGGGAGGUUUUGAAGUACUGAUCCUUUGUUUGGAGCUGCGGGGAUUCAAAGCGUGGCAGAAUGAGGGAUUGGGGCAGGUCGAGGCGGCCGUCUCGUCUGGGGCGGGUGAGGCUGGAUAAGCAGGACCAAGAAAUGGACAUGGAAAUGGAUGAUGCGCAGGAACAAGGGAACGAUGAGGUUCUGCAUCGUCGCUUUCGUCACGUUUCCUUCAGUGACAACAGGCGCCACAGCCACGUUCAGCCUCAGCAUCCGGCUAACCGCUUCAUUGUCUGCAACGAUCGAGAGAAAAACCAGAUUUACAAGGGAAAUUCAGUUUCUACAACAAAGUACAAUAUUUUUACAUUUUUGCCGAAAGGUCUGUUUGAACAGUUUAGACGAGUGGCAAAUUUGUACUUCUUGAUGAUCUCUAUCUUGUCUACGACUCCAAUAAGUCCUGUGCAUCCUGUUACAAAUGUUGUUCCUUUGUCUCUUGUCCUUUGUGUUUCUCUUAUCAAAGAGGCAUUUGAGGAUUGGAAACGUUUCAAUAAUGAUAUUGUAAUCAAUGGUACUCUGGUUGAGGUAAUUCAAGAUGGCAAGUGGAUAGAAAUUCCGUGGAGGAAACUGCAGGUUGGAGACCUGGUUCGAGUUAAGCAAGAUAAUUUCUUUCCAGCAGAUCUUCUUUUCUUAUCUAGCACAAAUCCAGAUGGCAUCUGUUACAUUGAGACUGCAAAUCUAGAUGGAGAGACAAAUUUGAAAAUCAGAAAAGCAUUAGAAAAAACAUGGGACUAUAUACAUCCUAAUAAAGCAGCUGAAUUUAAAGGUGAAAUACAGUGUGAACAACCAAAUAACUCAUUAUAUACUUUUACUGGUAAUCUUGUUAUGGGGAAACAGACACUACCUCUCUCACCAAAUCAGAUUUUGUUGCGGGGAUGCAGCCUUCGUAACACAGAGUUCAUAGUUGGUGCUGUAGUUUUCACAGGACAUGAAACAAAGGUUAUGAUGAAUAGCAUGAAUGUUCCUUCGAAAAGAAGUACCUUAGAGCGAAAGCUUGACAAGCUUAUACUGAUUCUCUUUGGUGUCCUUUUUGCAAUGUGCUUUAUUGGUGCCAUUGGCAGUGGAUUUUUUAUCAAUCGCAAAUACUUCUACCUUGGCCUUCUGGGAGAUGUUGAGAAUCAGUUCAAUCCUAAAAAUAAAUUUGUGGUUGCUGCUCUUACAUUAUUUACCCUUGUUACAUUAUAUUCAACCAUUAUUCCUAUUUCGCUCUAUGUGUCAAUUGAGAUGAUAAAGUUUAUCCAGUCUACCCAAUUCAUCAAUAAAGAUAGACGUAUGUAUCAUAUGGAAAGCAACACUCCUGCUUUGGCACGGACAUCAAAUCUGAAUGAAGAGCUAGGACAGGUGGAGUAUUUAUUUUCUGAUAAAACUGGCACUCUUACAAGAAAUUGUAUGGAGUUUUUCAAGUGUUCCAUUGGGGGUGAGAUGUAUGGAAAGGGUGUCACUGAAGUUGAGAGAGCAGCAGCCCUCCGAAAUCAACUGAACAUUCAUGAGAUUGGAAGAGCAGCUGAUGCUGUGCAUGAAAAGGGUUUCAAUUUUGAAGAUGCAAGAUUGAUGGCUGGUGCAUGGAGAAACGAGCACGACCCUGAAAUAUGCAAGGAAUUUUUCAGAUGCCUUGCAAUAUGCCAUACAGUUUUACCUGAAGGUGAUGAAUCGCCUGAGAAAAUAACAUAUCAGGCUGCUUCUCCAGAUGAGUCUGCUCUUGUCAUUGCAGCGAAAAAUUUUGGCUUCUUCUUUUACAGGCGGACGCCAACUAUGAUAAGAGUUCGUGAAUCACAUGUUGAGAAAAUAGGCAAAGUUCAAGAUGUUGGUUAUGAGAUUCUGAAUGUUCUGGAAUUCAAUAGUACAAGGAGAUGCCAAUCUGUCAUUUGUCGUUACUCUACUGGAAGACUAGUCUUAUAUUGCAAGGGUGCUGAUAGUGUUAUCUAUGAGAAGAUAGCUCGGGGAAAUGAUGCCAUUAAAAAAACAACCCGAGAACAUUUGGAACAUUUUGGAGCUGCUGGCUUACGCACCUUAUGCUUAGCUUACAGAGAUCUAAGUAAUCAACUAUAUGAAGAGUGGAAUGAGAAGUUUAUAGAAGCAAAAUCUGCUUUAAGUGAUCGGGAAAAGAAACUUGGCGAGGUUGCAGAUUUGAUUGAGAAGGAACUUAUUCUGAUAGGAUGCACUGCAAUUGAAGACAAACUUCAAGAGGGGGUGCCAGCUUGUAUAGAAACUCUUUCAAAGGCAGGAAUAAAGAUUUGGAUAUUGACUGGUGACAAAAUGGAAACAGCAAUAAACAUUGCAUAUGCUUGUAGUUUAAUCAACAACCAAAUGAAACAGUUGAUUAUCAGUUCUGAAACAAAAGAAGUUAGAGAAGUGGAGGAUCAGGGUGAUCCUGUUGAAACUGCCAGAGUUAUCGAAGACACUGUCAAACGGGAUCUGGAGAGAUGUCUUGAUGAAGUAGAUUAUGAUACGGAUUCUAGAUCAAGAUUAGAUUUUGCCCUUGUGAUAGAUGGAAAAUGCCUAAUGUAUGCGUUAGAUCCAAAGUUACGGGGAAAACUGCUUAAACUAAGUCUGAUGUGCAAAGCUGUUGUUUGUUGUCGAGUAUCUCCCUUGCAGAAAGCACAGGUGACCAGUCUUAUUAAGGUUGGUGCUCGAAAAAUUACUCUUGCCAUUGGUGAUGGUGCCAAUGAUGUGAGUAUGAUUCAGGCUGCACAUGUGGGUGUUGGUAUAAGUGGUUUGGAAGGAAUGCAAGCAGUUAUGGCAAGUGAUUUUGCUAUUGCUCAGUUCCGAUUUCUUACAGAUUUACUUCUCGUGCAUGGUCGAUGGUCCUACAUUAGGAUUUCCAAGGUUGUUGCGUACUUCUUUUAUAAGAAUCUUACUUUUACAUUGACACAAUUUUGGUUCACCUUUCAUACUGGUUUCUCUGGCCAGCGGUUUUAUGAUGAUUGGUACCAGUCCUUGUAUAAUGUUAUUUUUACUGCUCUUCCAGUCAUUGUUGUUGGAGUUUUUGACAAGGAUGUAAGUGCUUCACUGUCCAAAAGGUAUCCUCAGUUAUAUCAGGAAGGAAUAAAAAACAUGUUCUUCAAGUGGAGAGUUUUAGCAGUAUGGGCUUUCUUUGCUGUUUACCAGUCAAUUAUAUUCUUUUCAUUUGCUGUGGGGGCAAGUAGUAAGGGGCAGAACUCAUCAGGAAAAAUGCUUGGACUGUGGGAUGUGGGCACAAUGGCCUUUACUUGUGUAGUAAUCACGGUCAACAUGCGCCUUAUGAUGGCAUCUACUUAUAUCACAAAAUGGCACAAUAUUAGUGUUGCAGGUAGCAUUUUGACAUGGUUUCUAUUUAUAUUUAUAUACUCCGGAAUCAUGACAAGACAUGAUAGACAGGAAAAUAUCUACUUUGUCAUUUAUGUUUUAAUGAGCACCGGGUAUUUCUGGUUGAAUGUUCUACUAGUACCACUAGUGGCGCUCUUAGGCGACUUUCUAUUCCAAGGAAUUCAACAGAGGUUUUAUCCCUACGAUUAUCAAAUUAUUCAGGAAAAAUAUAGGAAUGAACCUGAUGAAUCUACUCAAGAUAAUGAGACAUUAAACGAUUUGACACCAGAUCAAGAGAGAAGUCUAGCAAUUGCUCGGCUUCCCCCUCAAAGGUCAAGACAUACAGGAUUUGCUUUUGAUUCUCCGGGCUAUGAGUCUUUCUUUGCAUUGCAGAAAGGGGUGCUCCCUCCUCCCAAGGCAUGGGAUGUGGCCCGGAGAGCAAGUAUGAAGCCGCCAAAAAGGAAUUUAAAUAGCUGAAAGAAUCCUAUGUAAAUUGCAGAUACUCUAUUUUGCUUAGUCUUCCCUACUGUAAACAGUGAAGUUGCACCCAACUGUCAUGAAUUUAAUCCAUUCUUUGUAGUUAAAUUAUUGGUAGAAUGUAUGUAUACUUAGUAGAUCUAUUCAAAAGUAGCAGUUUUGUCAGAGAUGUAUCAAUAUUUUUCAUUUUGCGUUUUUUUAUCAUUUUCCAAUCAUACAUUCACAGUUCCUACAUUGUGGAAAGGCUUGUUGAACAUUACACCUGUAGAACUUAUGAUUCUCAGGAGCCUUCCUUAUUUGAGUUAUGCAUUUCAGUUCGACAAAGAGGCAGAACUGUUGGACAUGUUCUUGUUGUCACCAGAGCAACAUGCCACUUGUUGCUUUGUUUUAAUUCUAAAUAAUGUAUUGAAUUCUUUUUUUUUUUU